AGUACAUGCUAUCUGUUUUAUCUAGGCUUUGGACUGUUCGAAGAGAAUCUCUAAACUCAACCAUGAGUGUUUCCCACGAAACCUGCCUCCUGGACCAGGUGCUGGAGCUGAUUAUGAAUGAGAAGCCCCCCAACACUGCCAGCCUUUUCCUGAACGAGGACACCGACAAGCCCCCCCUCCCCAAUCGAGGCCUCUGGCGGCGGCUACGUAGGGCCAUGCAGAAGAGAGCGGCCAGCAUCCAGGACAGGAUGAGCACCAUCAAUAAGGAGAGCGUCAAGGGCUUCCUGAGACGCAACCUCUUUGUCCUCCUCACCAUCGCAGCAGUGGCUCUGGGUGUCAUGCUGGGUUUCGCCCUGCGGCCCCACAACCUGACCCUCAGGGAGAUCAAGUACUUUGCCUUCCCUGGAGAGCUGCUGAUGAGGAUGCUGCAGAUGCUGGUUCUGCCUCUCAUCGUCUCCAGCCUGGUCACAGGUAUUUCCUCUCUGGACAGCAAAGCGUCUGGGAAGAUGGGAAUGCGGGCUGUGGGUUAUUACAUGUUGACCACCCUCAUCGCUGUCUUCAUUGGCAUCGUCAUUGUGAUUGUCAUCAAACCAGGGAAAGGCCAUAGGGACAGCCCAGUGGCCUCUAGCGGUACCAUAGAGCCGGUACACGCAGCUGACGCCUUCCUGGAUCUCAUCAGGAACAUGUUCCCUCCUAAUUUGGUGGAAGCCUGUUUCAAGCAGUACAAAACGGUCUACAAGAGGACCAUCCACACAAAGAACGUGACUGUUGCCCUCAGUCUGACUGACUCCCUCAACGCUACAGAGGCUGCCUUGGCUGUUAACAUGAGCAGAGUGCUGCAGACCAUCCAGGAGACAGUGGUGGAGAUGAUCCCUGUGUCUGGUUCCUCUAACGGGGUGAACGCCCUGGGUCUGGUGGUGUUCUCCAUGUGCUUCGGCCUGGUCAUUGGCAGCAUGAAGCAGCAGGGACAGGCCCUCAGGGACUUCUUUGACUGCCUCAACGAAGCCAUCAUGCGCCUGGUGGCCAUUGUCAUCUGGUAUGCUCCAGUGGGCAUCCUGUUCCUCAUAGCAGCUAAGAUCGUGGAGAUGAAGAAUCUGGCCGAGGUGGGAGGUCAGCUGGGGAUGUACACGGUGUCUGUCAUCGUGGGGCUGCUCAUCCACGGCUUGUUUGUCCUGCCCCUGCUCUACUUCCUGGUCACCAGGAAGAACCCCUACACUUUCAUGGCUGGCCUUCUGCAGGCCCUCAUCACAGCACUGGGAACAUCCUCUAGCUCUGCCACCCUGCCCAUCACCUUCCGCUGUCUGGAGGAGAACAACCGUGUGGACAAGAGAGUGACACGCUUUAUCCUUCCCGUGGGUGCCACCAUCAACAUGGAUGGCACUGCCCUCUACGAAGCCGUGGCAGCCAUCUUCAUCGCCCAAGUCAACGACAUGGAACUCAACUUUGGCCAGAUCCUCACCAUCAGUAUCACAGCAACAGCUGCCAGCAUCGGCGCAGCAGGCAUCCCACAGGCUGGUCUGGUUACCAUGGUAAUCGUAUUGACAUCGGUGGGACUACCCACAGAGGACAUAACGCUGAUCAUCGCUGUGGAUUGGUUCCUGGAUCGCUUAAGGACUACCACCAACGUGCUGGGGGACUCUAUCGGUGCAGGCAUCGUGGAGCACCUGUCUCGCCAGGAGUUGCAGAGCCAGGAUGUUGAGGUGGGCAACUCAGUGAUUGAAGAGAAUGAGAAGCCCUACCAGCUCAUCUGCCAGAAAAACGACUCAGUGAAGCAUCGCAACAGUGAGACCCCCAUGUAGGGGUUACGACUGUCUGAAAGCAUCCACUAGCCGCUACCGUAUUUCUUCAGUGUUUGUAGAUAUGGAGGUACUGGAUAGGUGUAAGUAAUAUGGGGAAAGCUAUUGGAUGCCUAGGUGGAGCCAUCAUCAUAUUACUAACACUUAUCUGGGUAACUUCAGAUCUGCAAACACUGUAGGGAUAGUGGCUGGAGAUUGUUUUGACACUGUUAACCAUAUCAACUCAUAUCAACUGUUUUGGUCCUUUCAGUCCAAAUCUGAGAUGCAUCUCAAUUGUCUAGAGCAGUGUUUCCCAAACUUUUUAUAGUCCUGUGCCCCUUCAAACAUUCAACCUCCAGCUGUACCCCCUCUAGCACCAGGGUCAGCACACUCUCAAAUGUUGUUAUUUGCCAUCAUUGUAAGCCUGCCACACACACAUUAUAUGAUACAUUUAUUAAAUGUAAAAAUUAGUGUGAGUUUUUGUCAUAACCCUGUCCUAUAGGACCAGGGCACAAAUAAUAAUAUAUUCAUAAUAAAUAAUUUUGCUCUUUAUUUAGCCAUCUUACAUAUGAACUUUAUUUGUUCAUCUAAAAUUGUGAAUUACUCACCACAGGUUAAUGAGAAGGGUGUGCUUGAGGAUGCACAUAACUCUGCAAUGUUGGGUUGUAUUGGAGAGAGUCUCAGUCUUAAAUCAUUUUCCACACGCAUUCUGUGCCUGUAUUUAGUUUUCAUGCUAGUGAGGGCCGAGAAUCCACUCUCACAUAGGUAUGUGGUUGCAAAGGGCAUCAGUGUCUUCACAGCGCGAUUUGCAGCUACUCUGAGCGCAGCCCAAUAAAGAAAUCUGGCAGUGGCUUCUGAUUAAAUAAAAUUUUCACAGAACAGCUUAUGGCAAUUUCGAUGAGGCUCUCUUGUUCAGAUAUCGAUAAGUGGACUGGAGGCAGGGCAUGAAAGGGAUAACGAAUCCAGUUGUUUGUGUCAUCCGUUUCGGGAAAGUACUUACGUAGUUUCGCACCCAACUCACUCAUGUGCUUCGCUAUGUCACAUUUGACAUUGUCCAUAAUCUUGAGUUCAAAUGCACACAAAAAAUCAUACAAUGAUGGAAAGACCUGUGUGUUGUCAUUGUUAAUGCAGACAGAGAAGAGUUCCAACUUCUUAAUCAUAGACUCCAUUUAGUCCCGCACAUAGAAUAUAGUUGCGGAGAGUCCCUGUAAUCCUAUAUUCCGAUCAUUCAGGCGAGAAAAAACAUCACCCAGAUAGGCCAGUCGUGUGAGAAACUCGUCAUCAUGCAAGUGGUCAGACAUGUGAAGAUUAUGGUCAGUAAAGAACUUUAAGCUUGUCUCUCAAUUAAAAAAAAUGUGUCAAUACUUUUCCCCUUGAUAACCAGCGCACUUCUGUAUGUGGUAAAAGCAUUACAUGAUCGCUACCCGUAUCGUUGCAUAGUGCAGAAAAUACACAAGAGUUCAGGGGCCUUGCUUUAACAAAGGUAACAAUUUUCACUGUAGUGUCCAAAAUGUCUUUCAAGCUGUCAGGCAUUCCCUUGGCAGCAAGAGCCUCUCGUGGAUGCUGCAGUUUACCCAUGUGGCAUCGGGAGCAACUGCUUGCACGUGUGUUACCACUCCACUGUGUCUCCCUGUCAUGGCUUUUGCACCAUUAGUACAGAUACCAACGUAUCUUGACCACCAAAGUCCAUUUGAUGUCACAAAGCUGUCCAGUACCUUAAAAAUAUCCUCUCCUGUUGUCCUGGUUUCCAGAAGAGGAUGUCUUCCUUAAUUGACCCCCCGUAAACGUAACGGACAUAUACCAGGAGCUGUGCCAGCUGUAACACAUAGAAUUCACUGGCUUGUAAGCGAAGCAGUUAUUGUUUCAAAACAUCUCCUGCCAUGUCACUGAAGCAUCGUGAAACAGUGUUUGAAGAAGUCAUUGUCUGUAUAGUUUUUUUGGCCUUUACCCCAGCAUUGUCCCAGCCAUAUCCGCGGCAGCAGGAAGAAUGAAGUCCUCCACAAUAGUAUGGGGCUUGCCUGUCCUAGCCACUCGGUAGCUCACCAUAUAAGAUCCUUCUAGCCCCUUCUUACUAAUGGUAUCUGUUGCUUUUUGCACAUAUAACACACCGUGGCUGAGGAAAGCCACUACUCCCAAUAUAAGUGAACCCCAUUUAGUUCUCAUCAUAUUUGCUCCUCUUCGAUGGUCCAAUAUCCAUCUGUUGUUUGGGGCAGAAGCUCUUCGGCUGCAACAGAUUCACAAAUGUAGAAUUACUGAUGCUAGCAUUGGAUGUGCUUGUGGAAGCAGAACAACUUGUGUCGUUGACAGGUGCAGGUGUAGUACUGCUGGUGUGUCUCUAUGGACGAGGGCCUUACAAGCGGAAUGAGCAGCAGCUACGUUUGGCUACAUACGGACCGUUAGUGGAAUUCCCGUGAGAGAGUAAUGGUUAAUAGGUUUGGAUGUUAAUUAUUUGAGUAGGCUACCUGUAUUUGACAUUGUGUUGUUAUUUUGCUGAACACUAGAUGGUUUCAUUUUAUUUUUGGCAGUGAAACGAGGCUCCUCAGGCGAGAAAUAAACCUUACCCAAAUGUAUAGCCCUGUUGGAAAAUAUAAAUGGACCAUUUGAAAAUGUUAUUUUUUUAUUUUUUUUUGUUACAUUUUUUUAUUUGGCAUACCCCCGACGGAAUCCCCAGUUUGGGAAUACCUGGUCUAGAGGAAACUGAUGUGAAGUAACUGGACAGGUGAAAUCAAAUUUCUCAUAGAUAUCUAGCUACUAUAUUGUUUUCACUUAUGUUAUGUGUUCAUAACAGUAGAGACCACUUCUGACUGUUGUUAUGUACUCUGUAUAGGAUUGAUUUUCAUGAACAAGAAAAUAAAUGCCAUUCAAUGGCCUUUUUAGAAUUAGUGAAUAAAUGGGAUAUCCAUUUGUAUACUCACAAUCAAUUAGCUGGUUCUGUUGCAUGGCUUGAUUUUUAGUUUAUUGUUCUAUAUUUUGCCUCUUUAAGUUGGUGGUUAUUCUUUUUAAUGUGAAUCUACCUCUAACAUUCAAGUGUACAUUAUGCUUUCUCUUGAGUCAUUUUAUUUUCUGCCCCAAACACUACCAAGAGGUAAUUUUUAUUCCGUAUUAUCCAUGCUACCAACUUUGAUAAGCAUUUUUUCUACGGUUUCAAAAACAAGUAUUGAAUUUAUGAUGUAAUGUACUGUAGUUUACUUGAUCUGUCAAUUGAAUCAACGUGAAUGUAUACAGUAAAUAUUUGUACCGAUAUCUGUUUUAUACUUGGGUGAUUUCUAUGUUACUUAUUGAGCUAAAUUGGGGUUAGACUUUGUUUUUCAAAACAAUAUUUGUAACAAAGAUGUAUUUUCAGUGUUAACUAGUGUUACUUAACUGAACAUAUUUUGGUACUAGUCACUUAAGUCUGAAGUAUGUGAAAGUAUUACUGUAUGCUUGCUUUGAAUAGGAAUGUUGAUAUCAUUGGGGCUGUUGUAUGUUUCUGUGUGUAGUAAAGAUGGACAAAAGAAUGUUACAUAGCCUACUGAAUUACUUGAUAUGUUUCUCCCCCAAUGUUGCUAUGGUUUAUAUUUUAGGGCUUGAAUCCAUCCCUCUUUGUUUGAGUGUUGUGAGACUUUUCAAUGUGAGGGUUGAAUAUCCAUUUGUAGAAUAUAAGGGAGAUCUUCAUGUAUUUCUUGUAUUUUCUUCAUAACUAAAAAGUUCACCAGAUAUUCCCUUUCCUUGAUGCUGUAAUCGUACCUGGCCAUUUCAGUUCAACGUCUGGUGCUUUAUCGAUGAAAGCACUAUAGCCAGAUGUGGUACAUUUGAUUAUGGCUUUUCUCUUUGAUUUAACUGUUGAAAAAAGUGGAAAAAUGUCUAAAACAUAAUUUGAAAGCAAUUAAGUUGAAUAUUAAGUGGGGAAGGUUUUAAAAGUAAGUAGGCCUACUGUGUAUGUAGUUACGUAAAAACUCAACCUGACUGUGGUUGAGAGCAUAUUGUUGUAAUGUGUGACUCUUGUUUAAUGUAUUAAAUGGUUGAUUUAUG